AUGACUGAAGCUAAGAGAGCCCAAAAGCAGUGGAAUGUUCCUAAUAAUCUGAGACCAUCUCCGAGUUUGACCUUGUUCAAUAGUUUGAGCAGGAAAAAAGAAGUGUUCGUACCUAAUGAAGGUCGGAUAGUAAAAUGGUACAUAUGUGGUCCUACUGUUUAUGAUUCCUCUCAUAUGGGCCAUGCACGUGCUUAUCUUUCGCUAGAUAUUCUUCGAAGAGUAAUGACGGAUUACUUUGGAUAUGAUGUUCAAUUCAUAAUGAACAUUACAGAUAUCGACGAUAAGAUCAUCAAAAGAGCAAGACAACGCCAUCUACUUACUAAUUAUGUUGAUGGAAAACAGGCUCCUUCAGUUGCUGAAAUAACCUCUGAUGUGAUCGCUUCUUUAGAAUUUUUCAAGGUGAAAUUCGAAAAUGAAGAAGAUGUGGACAAGAAAGCAAUGCAAGCCAAAAUGAUCACAAAAGUUGAAUCAUCUGCAUCCAUUCUAGAGAAAGCUUUGAUUUCCGGAGAUCAGCCUAGUAUAGAAUCAGCUAAAGGUAGACUUUUGAACGAUGCCAGAGAUAUUCUGUCAGAUUGGCUCGAUUCCAAGUACGGUCACGAAAUCACUGAUCAUAGUAUUUUCAACAAUUUGGCCAAAACUUAUGAAAAUGAGUUUUUGGCUGAUAUGCAUCGAUUGAACGUGUUACCUCCUGAUGUUCUUACCAGAGUAUCUGAGUAUGUUCCUGAAGUCAUCAACUACAUACAGAAGAUAAUCCAGAACAACUAUGCAUAUGCCACUAACGAUGGUUCAGUUUACUUCGACACGGAGAAAUUCAAAGCUAAUCCAAAACAUUUUUAUGCUAAGUUAGUCCCGGAAGCUGUUGUUGAUCAUCAAGGAAACAAAACUUUACUGGAUGCUGAAGGAGAACUGACCAGUGUUUCGCAGGGAAAAAAGAACAACUCGGACUUUGCAUUGUGGAAAUCUUCGAAGCCUGGUGAGCCGCUCUGGGAUUCCCCUUGGGGAAAAGGAAGACCAGGUUGGCAUAUCGAGUGCUCAGCAAUGUGCUCCGAAAUCUGUGGCGAAAAGUUGGACAUUCAUGCUGGUGGAUUUGAUUUGAAGUUCCCUCAUCAUGAUAAUGAAAUUGCUCAGUGUGAAGCUCAUAGCGAUCAGUCUCAUUGGGUGAACUACUUCCUCCAUUGUGGAACUUUGAAAAUCGCUGGUUUGAAAAUGAGUAAAUCUCUGAAAAACUUCAUUACUAUACGUGAGGCUCUGACAUCUUACACAUCCCGUCAACUGCGUCUACUCUUCUUAAUGCAUAAUUGGACGGACGUAUUGGAUUAUAGCCCAUCGACUAUGGAGCUUGCUCAAAAUUUCGAAAAAGUUACUAACGAGUUCUUCUUGCUCGUCAAAGAUUUCCUUAGGAGACAUUAUAAACCUGAUAGCACUUCAGGUUUCGUGAAAUUCAAUGAAAGAGAAUUGACUCUCUCUAACCAAUUUUCACGUAUAAAGGAAGAGAUUCAUAUUGCUCUAUGUGAUUCUGUUGAUACUCGUACGGUCGUUCAUAAAAUUAGGGAGCUUGUAGCGCUAGGAAAUGCAUAUAUCGCGGAGAAGGAAACCGAAAACGUGGUUCCCAAUUGCAUGUUGUUGAAGAACAUAGCUGCUUUCAUAACACGCUUGUUUGAAGUUUUCGGUAUCAUCAACACUUCCAGAGACAUCGGGUUCCCUAUUGAAGGAGCUAGUGGUGAAACCGGCUCACAUGAAGGAAUGAUUAUGCCAUAUCUGGUUACCCUAAGUGACUUCCGGGAGAAUGUUCGUUUAAUCGCUAAGAAGGAGAAGAUCACUGAAAUUUUAGAGGAAUGUGAUCGUUUACGCGAUGAAAUUCUACCAGAACUUGGAGUGAGGCUAGAAGAUAGAGCGGGUCAAACCGUGGUUAAACUUGCUGAUCGAGAGACUUUGAGAAAAGAGCAGGAGCAGAAGAAAGCUUUGGAAGAACAGAAGAAACUUGAAAAAGAAAAGAAGGCUGCUGAACGAGAAGCCAAAGAAGCAGCCAAAGCUGCUGCAAAGAAGGUUAAUCCCAACGACAUGUUCAAAACAGCUGAAGAUCAAGAGAAGUAUUCGGCCUGGGAUGAAAAGGGAAUACCAACUCACGUUAAAGAUGGAGAAGAAAUUUCGAAAAAACUAAGGAAGAAGCUGGAAAAACUUCAUGAACAACAAUGUAAAGUGUUCCUAGAAUCGAACGAAAAACAAUGA